CAAAAGGGGGGGGGGAUCAGUAUAGGAGCAGUUGCAAUGCGGAGGUUUGAUUUUUCAGUUUAGCGCUUGUCAGUUGUCAGUCUCGACGUUGAAUAUAAACGUGAAGGAGAAAUAAGCACAAGAUAAGCUUUCAACGUUUCAUCAAUUUUCUCAUCGUCGAAUUUCUCGCGUGUCGUGGAAUUCUGGUGACGUCACAGCCUGGCCGCGACUCCGUCAAGGCCGCGCGAGAGAAUCCCACUCUGGGAUUCACUUUUAAUGGACUCGGAAGAGGGAUGCUCCUACGGUUUUUUUUAACGCGUCUCUCCGUUUCGCGUAAAAAUCGUAGCGGGAGAGGAGAAAACAAAACAGGAUGCGUAGAGAGAAAAGAAGAAAUAUAUACUGCUCCGCUAAACCCUAAAAUUUAUAUCUAGCCUGUGCAUAUGUGUGAAUUUACCUUGCAAAAUUCGCUUUCCUGUACGAAAUUCUCGCGACUUUUGCCAAGAAACCAGGAUGAUGACGUGCACCGAUUUUGGCAUCGUAUAUCAAAUAAAUAGAAAAAUAUAUUGAGCAGAGUUAAUUAUAUCAUGUGAUCGGAGAGAAACGAGAGAGAUCCUAGAGAUAUUUCUGACAUAUACACGCUUAUGAAAGCAUGCCGUGUGUCGAGAUUAUCGUUGAACAGGUUUUACGAGGACGCGACAGAAGGAUAUGUCAGCGUGAGCUUUAUACUGCCACAACAGAAUUCAAACAUUGAUAAUUAAUUGUGGGGAAGUUAAGAAUCACACAUUCUUAUAUUCUUAUAAAUAUAAUUUUUAAAUCAUAAGAAAAGAAAAGAACACACACACAUACAUGACAACAGUGACUUAUUGUGUAUCUAUCUUGUGAUUGAUUGAUAUUUUUUAUUAAAAAAAAAAUAUAUAUAUAUAUAUAGAAAAUAUUUGCAGAAGUAAUAUAUAAAUUCAGAAAGAUAUAUAAAAAGAGCUGACAACUGAUGAAAAAAAAUCAGAAUUUCUAUGUAAAUAGACAUUAUUGAUUUCCAUGUAUGAAAAAAAUAUAUAUAAUAUAUAUAUAUAUAUAUAUAUAUAUAUAUAUAUGUAUACCCAGCAUAAUGAUCUCAUUUGUAAUGCAAAUGUAAUAUGUCAGUAAAAUGUAACAAUAAUGAUGACAGAGUAGUUGAAAAAGUUAUUUGCAAAAUAAUUAAGCUAAAGGAUAGCAAAGUACAUAUGUAUUUCAAUUACGGUGCAAUAUUUUGGAAUAUUACCUUAAAAUAGUUAUGAAAAAUCAAUGUAAUCGACAAUUGAAGCAAAAUAAACUAAGAAUAAUAUUGAAGAACAAAAAUUAAAAUUUAACAUAAACUGAUAUGUGGAAACAUUACAUUGAUCUUACGUUAAGAGAAGAUUGUCUAUUUCUGUAUCACAUGAGUGGAAAAUGACAAAAAUGUCAAUUAAAAUGUGAAUAUGAGAAGAAAUAUAUAUAGUAACAUCUCUUAGGGGUCAUGCCCCCUGGGGCAAACGGCGGAACAGAGGGCUUGGGCCCAUCCUGUUCUGAGAUACAUAAUAGUCAGGAUCAUGCUAUAGCUAAACUUACACCUCCCGUUACAUUUGUUCAACAAUGCUACAGACAUCUCAAGAGUUCCGGUGUUGGCGAGGCGAGCGUGUAUCAUGCAUUAGUUGUAAUAUUUUUGGAAUUCUUUGCAUGGGGAUUAUUGACCAUGCCUAUUAUUUCGGUAUUGAAUGAAACAUUUCCGGAUCACACGUUCCUGAUGAAUGGUCUGAUAAUGGGAAUCAAAGGAAUCCUAUCUUUUCUUUCUGCGCCACUGAUUGGUGCCCUUUCUGACGUAUGGGGUCGAAAAUUCUUUCUACUUAUCACAGUGGCCUUCACAUGUGCGCCGAUUCCCCUAAUGAGUAUCAAUACAUGGUGGUUCUUUGCCAUGAUUUCUAUCAGUGGCGUAUUUGCUUGCACAUUUUCAGUGGUAUUUGCAUAUGUCGCAGAUGUAACAGAAGAGAAUCAAAGAUCGCUAGCAUAUGGUUUGGUAUCUGCAACUUUUGCUGCAAGUAUGGUGAUAAGUCCAGCUUUGGGUGCUUAUACUAUGACAACAUAUGGAGAAAAUCUUGCCGUAGCAUUAGCAACUGCUAUUGCAGUCUUGGAUGUGUUUUUCAUAUUAGUGGCUGUACCUGAAAGUUUGCCUGAAAAAACACGUCCACCAGCACCUAUAUCAUGGGAGCAAGCUGAUCCAUUUGCUGCUCUUGGAAAGGUUGGAAAAGAUCAUACCAUUCUAAUGCUGUGCGUAACUGUGUUCCUGAGCUAUCUUCCUGAAGCAGGACAGUAUAGUUGUAUAUUUGUUUAUUUAAAACUGGCUAUGGGCUUCUCCGGUUUUAUGGUGGCUAUAUUUAUUGCUGUAGUAGGCAUCCUGAGUGUGGGAGCACAGAUUAUAUUAGGACCUUUAAUGAGAACACUCGGUAGCAAACAUACUAUAAUGCUUGGUUUGUUAUUUGAGAUGUUGCAGCUAAUGUGGUAUGGAUUUGGCUCGCAAACAUGGAUGAUGUGGGCUGCUGGAGUUCUUGCCUCUGUAUCAAGCAUAACGUACCCCGCAAUUUCCGCAUUCGUAUCCAUGCAUUCCGAUGCUGAUAAGCAAGGAUUAGUACAAGGCAUGGUAACAGGGAUGCGUGGUCUCUGCAAUGGACUUGGUCCUGCUAUGUUUGGUGUCAUAUUCUAUCUUUUUCACGUUGAUCUUAACGAUGACACGCCAAAUCUUCCAUUGAAACCAUCAUUUGUGGAUGAAAACAAUAGGACGGGAACUAGUACGCAUCUUGACAUAAUGCCUCAGGUACAUACAUUAUAUCUACAGCUUGUACCGGGGCCGCCAUUCGUGUUUGGUGCAUUACUUGUGAUCUGCGCGCUGUUAGUAGCUGCGUUUAUUCCCGAAUCAAAUACCAUGUCAACGGGAUCAUUGCAUCAUCCAUCCACAUCCCGGAGGCCCUCCGGUAAAUACGCAUAUCAGAAAUGUUUAUCCUUGGAUGUUCAGUAUGAAACAGACCGAACGGGAAGUGGAAGAGGAAAGAUAGGUCCGUUAUCACCACUAGUCGACAAUUGUAAUUCUGCCGCGCUAUAGUGUCUAUUGAAGGAAAAGUAAAGCAAAAGCCAUAGCAUCUGAUAAGAAUGUUAUAGCUGAGCGAUAAACCUCGAGCUUUAAGCAAGAAAAAAAGUCAUUGCUCUAUGAAGUGCAUCUGACUCGAAUGGGAAUUGUAAUAGAAUUGUCUAUAUUGUAUUAUACUAUUUGUUUAAGGCAAUAACUAUAAAAUUGAUUUUAGGACUAUUAAUGGAACUUAAUGUUUAGGUUGUGACAAAUUUCACACAAGCGGUGCUUGUGCGAUGAUACGUGGGUUGAUCUCAAAGUCGAGUAUAAU